AUGAGAUUACAGAACAAUUCAAUUGCGAGUGAUGUAACUUCCGAGAAAAAGCUAUGUGAAAGAAAAUUACAUUAUUCGGACAUUAAUGUGGCUAUCGAGAAAAAGCGUAAGGCCAGCCAAAAUCUCUGUGAAAACGAAAAAGUACAUGAUUUUGCGCAUGCUUUUCAAUAUGAAGUAAAAAGCAAUUUAUUGUAA